CUUCUGGAGAUCUCCUUUGCAGUUAUUUAAAGUAAAGAGCAAAUGCCUGUGGAUGGCCGCUCACAGGGAGCUGGGUAACCAAUACCCGGGGACAACCUCCGCGCUUCAGAAACUGGAAGGUUUUGCUAGCCGAUUUUUUCACAGACACCCGAAGGGAAGUACUGCGCACGAUCAGAAAACAGCUCUGGAAAAUGAAAACCUUCAUUUCUCUGAACAUACCGCCCUGUGGGACAGAUCAAUGAAAGAAUUCCUAGCCAAAGCCAAAGAAGAUUUCUUAAGAAAAUGGGAAAGCCCCCCUCAGAAUACUGCUGGUCUAGAGGACUUUGACAGACAGAAGACUCUUGGAACUGGCUCAUUUGGAAGAGUGAUGUUGGUGAAACACAAAUCCACAGAACAGUAUUAUGCGAUGAAGAUCCUGGAUAAACAGAAGGUUGUUAAGCUGAAGCAAAUAGAGCAUACGCUGAAUGAAAAAAGAAUAUUGCAGGCAGUGAACUUUCCUUUCCUUGUAAGACUGGAGUAUUCCUUUAAGGACAAUUCUAAUUUAUACAUGGUUAUGGAAUACGUACCCGGUGGAGAAAUGUUUUCACAUCUAAGAAGAAUUGGAAGAUUCAGCGAACCUCAUGCACGGUUUUACGCCGCUCAGAUAGUGCUAACGUUUGAGUACCUCCACUCGCUAGACCUCAUCUACAGAGAUCUAAAGCCCGAAAAUCUUUUAAUUGACCAGCAAGGAUAUAUCCAGGUCACAGACUUUGGGUUUGCCAAAAGAGUAAAAGGUAGAACUUGGACGUUAUGCGGCACUCCGGAAUAUCUAGCACCGGAAAUAAUUCUUAGCAAGGGCUACAACAAAGCGGUGGACUGGUGGGCAUUAGGAGUGUUAAUCUAUGAAAUGGCAGCUGGCUAUCCCCCAUUCUUUGCAGACCAACCAAUUCAAAUUUAUGAAAAGAUUGUUUCUGGAAAGGUACGGUUCCCAUCCCACUUCAGUUCGGAUCUGAAGGACCUGCUAAGAAACUUGCUUCAGGUAGACUUGACCAAGCGUUACGGAAAUCUCAAGAAUGGUGUAAAUGACAUAAAGAAUCACAAGUGGUUUGCUACUACAGAUUGGAUCGCUAUUUACCAGAGAAAAGUAGAAGCUCCGUUCAUACCAAAGUGCAGAGGCCCCGGAGACACCAGCAACUUUGACGAUUAUGAAGAAGAAGACAUCCGUGUCUCUCUAACAGAGAAAUGCGCAAAAGAAUUUGCCGAUUUUUAGGACGCAGAGAGGACAAGGCAACAUCAGGGCUUACAUUGGGAUCUUUAUACUCUGUUGAGAGUUAAGGUGGAGCUGAGACCAUCAUAUGUCAAAACAGUUACAGUACCUAGUUCCUUCAUUCCACAUGGCUGACUGAGGUCUAAAUUGCCAUCUUCCAUGGGUGCCAUUUGCACCAAUCCUUAUAACUAGGCACAGUCAAGCGGCACUCUCUGUGCCAUAAUACGGAGUACUAGAUCGCUUUCCUAAUUCUCUCCGGUUUGUCUUUUUCCUUUGUUUCUGUAAAUUCAUUCCCUCCUCCCCCGCCCCAACAUCCCCCGCCCCCCUUUGCAGAUGAAGAAGUUUUCUACCCAACAAUGCUCCAUUUUAUUUUGAUAAUGUAUUAUUUGUGUGAGUGAAAUGGGAGUUGUUGUGGCUAGUGUAUUUUAGACUGAAGUGAAGGAUGGUGUUGCUUCUAGUCUGUGCCGGCCAAAUACUUCAGCCGAUUUUCUGUCUGAUGCUACGGUUUAACCGUUAUUUUGAUUUCGGUAGCUCAGACGAGAACCUGGCCGACGUUUUGGUCCGGAUUCUCCAGGUAGGAUUCCGCGCCCCCGGAAAACGUACGCAAAAUCAACUUAAAACCACAACUUCUUCCUAGAAACCGACCCCAGUUAGGCCGAAUCAGUUUGGAUGAUGAGAGUACCCAGACCCCCACCGUGCCUUGGUUUCCUACAUUCUUGCCGUUCUGCUCCCGUUCUCCUUCCUUUGUAGUUCUCAUCGGGAUGUUAGCCGAGUAGUUUAUGCCUAGCCUAUGCAGUGGGAAGCAUGUGGUCUUAUUCAUCGGGAACAGUUCCAAGUGGUCUGGACUGUAGACCGGAUUUACUUGCAUAGGUACUAGCCCGUUAGUUGGAAUUAAACAGAGAUAAAGGUGUCAAAACCCCCAAACUCUUCGAUGAGGUUUUGGUCAGUAACAUAAGAGAACACGAGUAAUUAAAAAGUCAAAUGUCGGAGCUCCGAAAAUAUUCCUCGUUUUAAACCUUUUUUAAAAAAAAAAAUAUAUAUAUCUAUAUAUAUAUAUAUAAAUAUAAUCUACUUAGAAAGGGGCAUCCAUUCGAAGGAAAGUACUGUGUCCUUGCAAGGCAAAACAGACGGUUGAGCGAGUGCAGACAAGUAAUACAGAUGCAUUGCUAGCUGAAUGCGGUUUUUUUUUUUGUUGGGGUUUUUUUGCUUUUUGUUGUUUUGUUUUUUUUGUUGGGGGGGAUUGUUUUUGUUUUUGGGGUUUUUUUUUUUCCAUUUUUUGUUAGCAGUUAUGGAUAGGAGAGUUCUUGCCAAGUUGUAGGUCUGGUAUACUAUAUUAGUAAGCCGGAGAUGGAGAACUGCGGCAAUCACUGUUUCUAAAAUCAGUGCUCCCUUUAUGGGAAAAGGAGAUAAAGUUUAAAACUGGCUCACUUGUAUGUGUGUGCGCGUGCGUGUGUGAGUGUGUGUAUAUUUUUUCUUAGUUAUCUUCCUUUUUAACCCACUUUAUUUCAGCGAAACAGGAUGUAUGGUCACGCAGAUACAGCAUAAGUAUUUGGGCUUACUUAGAUUUUAUAUAUUCUCACCAACUGACUUAAAAGAUAUUGCUGCCAUGUGUCAGCUUUCAGCACUUUUACACAUUUAUUUCAGUGUUGGUUGAAAAUCCGUGGCUCUGCGCGUUUUCUUUUUCUUUUUCUUUUUUUUUUUGGCUUUUCGGCGUAUCCAUAUUAGCUUAUUUGUACACUUCGAAAAUCUCCGUGAUCUGUCUUAAACAGCUCACCUAAACCGUUUCAGAGAAACUCGGCUCAUAUUUUACGAUCAGUCUACACUCAAACAGGGAGGAAUCGUUUUUAUUGAACCGAUCUGUAUCGUUCUAUAGCCAUUUUAUUUGUGUGACUGUCAGUGCAGGUUGACAGCUGACAUGACUUCCUUUUAAUCUGUGUGACACUCCUUUUGUCUUUGUAGACGUUUUACAAGGCGUCCGAGAUGUACUAUCCAACAUGCUGUAUGUCUUUUGGUUGUCGAGCAUUUUUUGCACAACGAUGUCAUUUAGGGGCUGACACUGAUUUCAGUCUCUGUCCGUCCAUAUUUGCAUAUGUGCAAGAAAAAGUAUAAGAUACUUUGCUGUAGCAAAUUUUAUGUAACAAAGAUAUAUUGUCACAUUAAUAAAUUUUAAAAAAUUAUUUGUAUGAAAAUGUUAAAAUAUUUUGUAUUUCAUUUAGACCAAGGACAUGCUGUUGUAUGGCUAGCUGUAUGCGAUAAAUUCUACAGUAACUCUGUCGUCGUUUCUGAACCUAAAAUAUUUUAAUAAAUGCUGGAGAUCACCGUUCGAUUCUGUUAUGAUUUUAGUUUCCAAGCAGUUGUCCCUUUCAUUUGAUAAGUGGGUCAGAUAGGAUUGUUCAGUGAAAUUCACCCUCACCCAUCUCGCUGAAUCACGAUAACGAUGAUGGUGUUCGUUAAGCGCUUACGAUGUGCCAGGCACUGUACUUAGCGCCGGGAUGGAUACAGGCAAAUCGGGUUGGACAUAGUCCCUGUCCCCCACGGGGCUCCGCUCCAGAAGGGUGAUGAUAAAUUUGGGUGUCUGAGAUGAGAAUGAAAUAGGUUUGUGAGGGCCUCUCAACCACCCUAUUUUAUGUUACCGUUUAAAAGAGCAGUGGACUUUCAGAUAUGAAAUAUUCAGCUCCAACGUACCAGCAGCAUUGAAUUAAAAAAACAAAUUGGCUAGAGGUAUAAUUUCUUCAGAAGUAAUGGUACUUUUAGGAAAUACAGUAUUGAGGAUUUCGCUCCCAGUUUUAGCCGAGAAUAUUGGGUAUGACAUCAAGUAAGAAGUGAGCUCCCGAAUCAGAAUUUAAUGCGAAGUGACAUUUUUCACUGCAUCAGCAAAUGGACCUCUCUGCCCGGUAGGGUUAUUUCAAUUUGACGUCGUUGAGGGACAAGACGCUUCUGAAACAGCAUUUGCAUUAACGUCUGCUCUUAAUUUGACCUAAAUGUUCCUUUCCCAGCAUCGGACACUGUAUAUCAUAAAGCAGAUCGCUUCUUCUGUCACGUCGAUCGUUUUCAAACUUUUAUUUGGAAAGAUAUUAGUCUCAGAUAAAAGUGUAACUCGUGAUGAUAUGUAAGUUCCCUAAUACCGUGCAAUAAAAGGAGACUGCAAGAGAGUGCGGUUUUAAUAACCGAGAGGAACUGCAUUCAGUAAAUACCUUUGGGACACGUUCCGUCCGUGCGAUUCGGAUAUCGGACACGAUGUCGGUCGAUCGACGGUAGUUGUCGAUCGCUUACCGUGGGCGUAGCACUGUCCUAAACACUUGGGAGAGGACGGCGCGGGAGGAUCGGUGGAGAUAACCCUUGCCCACAAGGAGCAUGCAGUCUACUUACGUAUAAUAAAUUGCACAUCGUAGAAAUCUCACCUUCGGGCGCAGAGACCUGUCACAGUAAUGCCGUUUCACAAGUCGUGCCAGAGCGUAGUGGUUCCAGAGGCAGAGAUAGAACUUGGAAAAGUUAGCGGAGGACUAGGGGAAGGGAGCGAAUGGGUUACUUUGGUACAGUGACCUCUUAAUUUCCCUUAUUCGUGCUUAAGGCAUCGCCCAACUGCUGGUUGGAGGACUGUAGAUUGCGAUGUUCAGCUCUCUGCGUAUGCCAGUACAGCCGAGGAGGUUUCAACCGGGAGAGAUGGAAAGAACCUCGAGGGUUCAGCUGGCCCGGUUCUUUCACCAUCCAGAACAAAUCUAAGCAGUCCUCACUCCGUGUGAUGAGCGGGUGCCAUCCAAGGCUGAUGCUUCCUUCCUGGAGACAGGCAUUAAUGUCUUGGUGACCACUUUUCAGAAAAUAAUUAGAAUCGCAUAGCUUUCUUUUAAAAAUGUCGUAGCGAUCACUAACCUUGAUCAAAUAGGAUUUUGGCAUGGAGUGGAUUUGUUUCUGGGUUUUUUUUUUAUGUAUUUUUUUUUUUAACUUUCUUGGAGAAAAAAACGUUUGCCUUUGAAGUUGUAUUAUAGAUACGCUGUAAUCAUAUAUUUCCUAGAGAAUAUUUAGGCUCCUUACCUAAGUAUGGUAUAAGCAUUGUAUUAUGGUACUGUGAAUGGAGUUUUCUGGAAUUAAAUAUAGAUGAAUUAUGCUGUGUUUGGUUGUUUUUGAUUUGCCUAAUCUCUUUUUUUUUUAAGAAAAAAAGCAGUAAUAUGUUUGCUUUCAUUUAUUGAUCGGAAUACUUCAAGGUCUCUUAGCCGUUGAAUCUCCCGUGUAUAACGAUGUGGUAGAUUUUCAUCCUUUGCCUAUAAAGUAAAUUUAUAUAA